AUGAGUUUCCUAGCUAGUCUUUCUCCCGAGUUUGGAAACGCCAAAUCUUUGAUACUCUCUAGUCCUAAGAUCUUUUCUUUGCAAGAUACAUUUAUUAAGGUGCUUCGCACAUAUAGUACUCCAUCCAUUUUGCUUACUCCAUCCAUUUUGCUUACUCCAUCUCUUCGACCUAUUAGUGCUUUUGUGAGUCGAAGUGGUGGGUAUAAUUGGAGUGGUAAUAGAGGAGGGAGUACAAACAACCAUGCUU